CCAAAGAAAAAACUACACAUUGCAACCAACUACUACCACGUGAGGGUCCACGGUGGAUAGAUGGGAUGAUGUGUGUCAUCUUCGGUGUCGGUUGAAAUUCCGGCGAGUGCAACAGUGGGAAUGACCGUCAUGUCCACCUAACACCACACCAAAAUGAAUUGAAUUAAUUACUUAUUAGUAUUACUUUACCUUCCUCUGCCUCAAGUAAAGUAGCAGUACGUAGUAGUAAAGGUUUCAUCGCUUCACUUUCCAUCCAACUGAAUUUCGAUGGCACGCCACAACACCACCACUCUUCGCGUUUUCUGCGUCGGAACCCUAGACACCAAGCUCCACGAGCUCCGUUAUCUCUCCGAUUCGCUUCGCUCCAAUCUCCGUCGCUUUUCCGAUCACACUUCCCCCAAGAUAGAUGUUGUGGUGGUUGAUGUUUCUACCGGUCCGAACGAACCAGAAACGUUACCAGAUUUCACAUUCGUUUCAAGAAACGAUGUUAUCUCUUGCAUCGACACCGAUUCAAACGAGGCCAAUAUUUUUCCACAAGACAGAGGAGAAGCUGUUUCCGUUAUGACCAAAGCGCUCCAACAAUUCUUACAGAAAUCUAACUCGGAUCGGUGUGUCGCAGGCGUUAUCGGUGUUGGCGGUAGUGGAGGUACAUCGCUGUUGUCAUCUUCGUUCAGGUCUCUUCCACUCGGGAUCCCUAAGCUCAUUGUAUCAACUGUUGCUAGUGGCCAAACGGAACCUUACGUUGGAACUUCAGAUUUGGUGUUGUUUCCGUCCAUUGUUGAUGUGGCUGGCGUCAAUAGUGUUAGUAGGGUGGUUUUUUCCAAUGCUGCUGCUGCUUUUGCUGGGAUGGUUGUUGGAAGGCUUCGUAGUUUGAGUGAUUCUUCUCGAGUUAAUGAUAAGCCUACUGUUGGUAUAACUAUGUUUGGGGUUACUACUCCUUGUGUUGAUGCAGUUAGAGAUAGGUUGCAUCGAGAGGGUUAUGAGAGCUUGGUUUUUCAUGCAACUGGAGUUGGUGGCAGAGCCAUGGAGAAUUUGAUUAGAGAGGGAUUUAUCCAGGGUGUUUUGGACAUCACAACAACAGAGGUAGCAGACUACAUAGUUGGAGGCGUAAUGGCUUGCGACAAUUCUCGUUUUGAUGUCAUAAUAGAACAGAAAAUCCCCCUGGUCUUGAGUGUGGGAGCAUUAGACAUGGUAAAUUUUGGAGCAAAAGAUACCAUACCACAGACUUUUCAGCAGAGAAAUAUAUAUGAACACAAUAAGCAGGUUUCACUCAUGCGAACAACAGUGGAUGAGAACAGGAAAUUUGCUGAUUUCAUAGCAAAUAAACUGAACAGUUCAUCAUCUAAGAUCUGUGUUUGCCUUCCUGAAAAGGGUAUAUCUGCUUUAGAUGCACCAGGUAAGCCUUUUUAUGAUCCAGAGGCAACUGGUACACUUCUUCAUGAAUUACAAAGGCUUAUUCAGACUGAUGAUAUUCGACAGGUGAAGGUGUAUCCCCAUCAUAUUAAUGACCUUGAAUUUGCAAGUGCAUUAGUGGAUGCGUUUUUAGAGGUUAAUGAGAAGAAAGGUUCUACUCAUCCACAAGUAGCCAUUCCUGAAUCUGUUGAACACUUCCAUGAGGAUCUGGGUUCUGUUUCAAAUAAAUCAAGCUUUGGGGCUAUUGUCUAUGCACCUAAUGAAUUCCCAGAUGCAAAACCAGAAACUUUGAAGAAAACACAGUUGAUAUUGCAGCAAUUUAAAUAUCAAAUAGAUAAAGGAAUUCCUAUUAUAGGAGCUGGUGCUGGGACUGGAAUAUCUGCAAAGUGUGAAGAAGCUGGAGGAGUUGAUUUAAUAGUAUUGUACAACUCAGGGCGCUUCCGAAUGGCUGGGAGAGGUUCAUUAGCAGGGUUAUUACCAUUUGCCGAUGCUAAUGCUGUUGUGCUUGACAUGGCCAAUGAAGUUCUGCCAGUGGUAAAGAAGCUACCAGUUCUUGCUGGUGUAUGUGCAACUGAUCCCUUCCGACGAAUGGAUCACUUCCUUAAACAGGUGGAGUCUAUUGGAUUCUCUGGGGUACAAAACUUUCCAACUGUUGGGUUGUUUGAUGGUAAUUUUAGGCAAAAUCUUGAAGAAACUGGCAUGGGAUACAGCUUGGAAGUUGAGAUGAUCCAAAAAGCUCAUAAAUUGGGGCUCUUGACAACUCCAUAUGCAUUCAAUCAACGUGAAGCCAUUGAAAUGGCUAAAGUUGGCGCUGAUAUUAUUGUUGCCCAUAUGGGUCUAACCACAACAGGCUCCAUAGGUGCAAAAACUGCUGUUUCCCUUGAUGAAAGUGUAGUUCUUGUACAAGCUAUUGCAGAUGCUGCACAUAGGAUCAAUCCUAAUACUAUUGUGCUAUGCCAUGGGGGCCCAAUUUCUGGUCCAGAAGAGGCAGAAUUUAUAUUGAAGAGAACCAAAGGAGUCCAUGGUUUUUAUGGGGCUUCAAGCAUGGAAAGACUACCAGUGGAACAGGCUAUCACAAAUACAGUCAAACAAUACAAGUCAAUCUCUAUUCAUUGAGGUUCAAUAUUCUUUGCAGUAUCAGCUACUCCACUACUCGCUAUAGCCUUUUAGGAGGUCUGUGCUACGCAAUGGUAUUCAAUACUUUUAGGAGGUCUGUGCUACGCAAUGGUAUUCGAGAUUAUCAACAUAGGGCUCUGAUACCAAGUUGGAUAGUUUAAAAUGAUUAACUUGUAUUUCACAAUGAGAUUGUGCCAAUUUGUAUACAAUGGAAGAUUUCUUAAGGAAAAAUAAAAUAUAUAUCAAUGCCAAUA